CUAAGAUGGUGAAGGAAAGAAUAUAUGCUGCAUUUAGAAAAUAAAAGUGAUAACAAGGAAUCAUCCAUCAUCUUUAAUAAAGCUAAUGCCUCUUCAUUAUAAGACCUGGAGAGGUCCCAAAUGCACAUACAGAUCUUGGGGAACAAUCAAACAAACUUGGGGAGACCACCAGAGACAGAUAAGAUGAGCUCUGUCAGAAGCAGGGUAUUGCCUUCUUUGCUCCUCUUUAUGCUGAUAAGUCUUGGAUCAGCAGAUGGCGCAGAUCUGGGCCGGCAGUGGUGCAUAGCUGACGAACAAGCGACAGAUGAGCUUUUACAGCAAGCUCUUGAUUGGGCUUGUGGCGUGGGGGGCGCCGACUGUAGAAUGAUUCAACCAAACAAGCCCUGUUACCUUCCGAACACUCUGAAGGAUCAUGCAUCCUUUGCCUUCAACAGCUACUGGCAAAAGUUCAAAAACAAAGGAGGGUCCUGCUACUUCAGUGCUGCUGCGAUGGUCACCGACUUAAACCCAAGUCAUGGUUCGUGCCAGUUUGAGUCGGUUCCAUAAACCUAACAGAUGAUGACGAGACAAUUGCUGCGUGCACACUUUGUUCAGUUAUGGAGCUGAUCAUCUCGGUUGUCAUGUCCAAAUAACGAGAAGCAACAGAUGCUGAUCCGUUCUUCCCUUGAGUCUGAUCCUGUAGCUGCUUAGGACUUGAUUCAAGCAGCUCUUGUGAUAUGUAUGAUCCAUAAUAGAACAUCUUUCUUCAGUAGAUUCCAUAGUUUGGUUGAA